UAGUCGCUGCAGAAUGCUGGCUCCGGUGCACCAACACCGGGCUCAUCCAGUCCACCACGCCGUCGCCAGCGUCCCCAAAUUUCACGAGGCAAACCAAAGCGGCAGGCUGAAAUUGGAAGCCCCCAACCCAAACCCCUCCCCACCGCGGCCCAGGGUUCUCCGUCUCGUCGCCGCCGCCUCCGGGGAGCUUACACCCCGCCGGGGCUGGGCCAUGGCGGCGCCGUUUGUCUACCUCCGCCCCACCGUCGAGGACGACGGCACCGGUGAGCAGGCUCUCAUGAGGGCCGCCCUCGACGGCAACCUCGUCCGCCUCAAACGUAUUGUAAAGAAACUUACCAAAAGAAAUGGCGACCUGUUGGCCAUUUUUUGUAUCAACACGAACGGACGUAAUGUGUUGCAUCUUGCGGCAUGCGAAGGCCAUUUGGAGGUUUGCAGGUACCUAGUGGAGGAGCUUGGAGGAGAUGUAAAUGCUCCUGGGGUUGGAGAUGUAGCUGAAGGUGCGACUCCAUUUAUGUUGUCUGCUCAGUCUGGUCAUGUUUCUACUGUCAAGUAUUUUCUUGAUCAUGGGCCGGGUCUGCAUGGUGGUGAUCUCGUGAAAGGAGAUAACAAAGGACGGACAGUUCUCCACCAUGCUGUGUGUAUAGGAUGCUGCAAGGUGACAGAGUUCCUCCUGUCAAAAGGAGUGCCUGUUGACAUAGACUCUGGCCAUGGAACACCACUCUAUAUGGCUGCUAUAAAUGAGCAGGAUAAGACAGUGAAGAUUUUGUUGGACCACCAUGCAAAUCCUAACAUCAUUAUCAGCGGUGCUAACAGUCCCCUUAUGAGUGCUCUUGUUUACCGUUCAUUGAAGUGCAUGAAGCUACUCAUUAAGGCUGGUGCCGAUGUUGAUUGCAAGGGUUCCAUUGCGACUCCUUUGGUGCUCGCUACGAUGCUAGGAGGUUAUACCAACUACAUUAAGCUCUUAUUAAAGGCUGGAGCAGAUCCUAAUAUUCCCGAUGAUUUGGGUAGGUUGCCAGUAGAGCUUGCUGCGAUACGCGAUUGCAUGGAAGAGGUUGAAAUGUUGUUUCCUGUGACUUCUCCAAUUCCAAAUGUCCCAAACUGGACUAUUGCAGGAGUAAUUUCUCAUGCAAAAAUUGAAGAAAAGAAGCCAAUUGAGCAACGGCACCUUGAGAGAAGAAAAAGUUUGUUCAAGUCACAUGCUGAUAAGGCAUUCAAGCAGAAGGACUAUAAGAUGGCAACAAAGUUCUAUGAUUUGGCAAUAGAGCAUGCAGAGAGUGCAACACUGUAUGCAAACAGGAGUCUUUGUAAACUGCUCAUGGAUGAUGGUGAAGGUGCUUUGUCAGAUGCUCUCAUGUGCAGAAUGCUGCGACCUGAUUGGGCAAAAGCUUGCUACCGUCAAGGUGCAGCUCUCAUGCUACUCAAGGAGUAUAAACAAGCCUGUGAUGCUCUCUUGGACGCACAAAAUUUGGAUCCUGGGAAUGCCGAAAUCGAGGGUGAACUACGGAAGGCUAGGGAACUCAUGAAGAACCCUCUGGGCAAAGGCGAGCAGUGAGACACCGACUCCGGGGAUGCAACAUGUGUCAGUUUUCACUAAACUAGAGCAAGCAGGACCUUCUAAUCCUUAUGUUCUGCUAGGAACCAAAACUCUCAUUCAGACUACUAACACGGCUUGUAUGAAUCAGUCUUGUCUGGCCCGUGGAUCUUACUGGUCGUAUUCAGUUCCUUUACUUUA